GUUAACUUGCCUUUGGAGGAUUUUGACUGACUGUUGCUGAACUGCUGAGCACGAUCCGAAACCCUGUUAUUCCUUCACGGUUUGGCAUUGCUAUUUUUCGUAAGGUAAUUGAUUUUUAUAAAACUUUAAAGUGAUGUUUCAACACAACAAAAAGUGUUUUACCAUCGAAUCGCUCGUCGGCAAAGAUGCCAUUUCCUCGACAUCUGGGGACGAACCUAUCAGACCCACAGCGCUCAGAUUGACGGAGUCGGUUCAUCCCGCGCCUUUUGGGACUUGUUUCCAGAACUCCGGCAGGACCUUGUACAGUGGCCCGGAAAUGAUGUUCCCGGAUCCGGGCUCCCAUGCCACCAACCCCGCACUGUCGCUCCAUCCUCUCCAAAUCCCCACGCAGCAUUUCUUCAACCCUCACCAGAGAGACGCACUGAACUUCUAUCCGUGGGUGCUGCGAAAUCGAUAUCUUGGACACAGGUUCCAAGGCGAUGACAGCAGUCCGGAGAACCUGCUCCUGCACGGGCCGUUCUCCCGCAAGCCCAAGCGCAUCCGCACGGCCUUCUCUCCGUCGCAGCUGCUGAGGCUGGAGCGGGCCUUCGAGAAGAACCACUACGUGGUGGGCGCCGAACGCAAGCAGCUCGCCAACGGCCUCUGUCUCACCGAAACACAGGUAAAGGUGUGGUUCCAGAACAGACGGACCAAGCACAAGCGCCAGAAGCUGGAAGAGGAGUCUCCGGAGUCGCAGCAGAAGAGGAAAGGCAGUCAGCACGUGAGCCGCUGGCGAGUGGCCACGCAGCAGCCCGGCUCGGACGACAUCGACGUCAUCUCGGAGGACUGA